AUGUCCUCAUACCUCGUCACCGGUGCUGGCCGGGGCAUUGGACUCGAGCUCGUCAGGCAGCUCGCAAAACAACCGCCGGGCGACGUCUCUACGGUCUUUGCAGCUACCCGAGGCAAAGCGUCCGACACCUUAAAGAGGAUCAUCGACAGCUCAUGCGGACGAGUCGUGCACGUUUCGAUGGUGAUUACCGAUCGUUCCAGUCUCGACCGAGCUGCAUCAGAAGUCGAAGACAAACUCGGCGGCCGAGGUCUCGAUGUCCUGAUCAACAACGCCGGAGUCAUGCCAAGUGACGUCCGAGGAGUCGUGGAGAUGAGCACUCUGCGAUAUGCCCUCGAGGUCAAUCUAGAGGGUACACAGGAGACCACGGCGGCCUUCAUGCCCCUCUUGAAGAAAGGCAAGGGGAAAAAAGUGGUCAACAUGGAAGUAUACCCGCGGAGCCUUGGCCCGCUGCACCCGCCCCUCAUCGGCUUUUCUGACACAAGCUUUGGUUCGAUAGCUCAGGCGCCGAAGUACAACUGGAUUCCAACACCGUCGUACAAAAUCUCAAAAGCCGCUCUGAACAUGUUGACAGUGCAGUAUGCACAGGAAUAUGCCAAGGAAGGCUUCACCAUUUUUGCACUCUCACCUGGGUGGCUAAAGAGUGAUAUGGGGUCUGAGCGUGCCGAUUUGGACGUCGAGGUCGGUACGGAGGCGACGCUCGAUGUCAUCUUCAAGAGUACCUCGGAAAAUACCAACGGUACAUUCCAAAACAUUCUUGUCCCAGGUUGGGAGAAUGCCGAAGGUCCAAAUCAAUACGAUGGAAAGAUGAUUCCGUGGUAG